UGUGACGUCACCUUUGUAUUUGUCGCUCUGCUCUUUCUUUCAGUGCGCGCGUGUGGGCCUGGGCUGGAGAGCAGAGCGCGGAUGGAAGCGCUCCACACUGGACCUGAAGUUCUGAAUGAACGCGCUUCAUUUCUCCACACCAUGGGAGACGGUUUACCGUCCGUAAACUACAGCAAUGACUCUAAACGCGGCACGAUGGAUCUUAACCUAUCCGAACAGUGGCUCGUGGGCAUGGGAAUCAUCAUGGGUCUGAUAGUGUUCAUCAUUGUAGUGGGAAAUAUACUGGUCAUAGUCGCCAUAGCGCGGAAUCAGAGGCUCCAGACGCUCACCAAUGUUUUCAUCGUGUCUCUGGCGUGCGCAGAUCUCAUCAUGGGGUUACUGGUAGUGCCAUUUGGUGCAGCCUUGGAGGUAAGAGGAGCCUGGAUUUAUGGAUCGUUCUUCUGUGAAUUCUGGAUAUCUGUUGAUGUACUUUGCGUCACGGCGAGCAUCGAGACCCUGUGCGUAAUUGCAAUAGACAGGUAUAUCGCCAUCAUCUCCCCGUUUCGCUAUCAAAGCCUUUUAACGAAAGCACGAGCCAAGGUUGUGGUUUGUGGAGUGUGGGCUAUAUCUGCUCUGGUGUCAUUUCCACCCAUCCUAAUGCACUGGUCCCGGGACAGAGACGAGACAGCGUGCUAUGACAAUCCCGAGUGCUGUGACUUCAUUACCAACCGCGCAUAUGCCAUCUCCUCCUCUAUUAUAUCGUUUUAUAUCCCUUUAAUAGUCAUGAUAUUCGUAUAUGCCAGAGUGUAUAGAGAAGCCAAACAACAGCUGAACAAAAUCAACAAAUGUGAGGGAAGGUUCUACAACAAUCAUGGUACUAAUUGCAAACCUAACCGAAAACGAACCACCAAGAUCCUGGCUUUAAAAGAGCAGAAGGCACUGAAAACGUUGGGAAUAAUCAUGGGAACGUUCACGCUCUGCUGGCUGCCGUUCUUCAUCGUUAACGUGAUGCGGGUGUUUUGCUCACAAGUGGUGGAUAAGGAGCUCUUCGUGUUUUUGAACUGGCUGGGGUACGUGAACUCCGCCUUCAACCCCAUCAUAUACUGUCGGAGUCCCGACUUCAGGAAAGCCUUUAAGAGGCUGUUGUGUUGUCCGAGGCAGGCGGACCGCAGGCUGCACGUGAGCUCGUGCGAUCUGUCGCGCUGCACCGGGGGCUUUGGGAACUCAACGGAGCAGAGCAUGCUCGGGACCUGGUCGGACUGUAACGGCGCGGACAGCAGCGACUGCAGUCUGGAAAGAAACGGCAGGAUGUCCCAUUCAGAGUCUCAACUGUAAAAGUACAACCGUGACAAUUUAAUCGAUAUCACACGAGCAAGAGUGCUGUUUGUAUUUCAUAUCAGGUAAUGAUGACCGCGCUGAAAGUGUGAUAGGCUAUUGCUUGUUCGAAAAAACAAUCAAUGUGACGUGACAUGCGUUUCUGAGAAAAAUGGCCAGUCGCACAUUUCUUCUUCAUCAACGAAAAUAGUGUAAGAAAAAAAAAUGUUAAAAAAAAACGUUAUUUUUGACCAUUGCCAAGCAACGCACAAACUAAAUAUAUGGGUGGGCGGAGCCACAUCGAUUUCCCCUCCCCCAUCCAACGCGCUCUGUAAUCACUUCGCUCAACUCCGGGUUUUACUCGAGCGAUCAUGGAUCGAAAAAAAAAAAAACGCGCACUCGCUCUGCUUUCACUUCAGCCUCCAUGAACACAAUUGGAGUAACACAAACAGUGAAAUGUGCAAGUACAAAAAUUCAGCACUUUUGAAAAGCAGUUCAGCCAAUCAAAUUCGAGGACCGGAACUUGCUGUUGUAUAAAAUAGAUAACAGGCCAACAUUUUGCAGUGUCCAAACAACCAAAACGAACCCAUUUAAUCCUUUUUUUUUGCCUGGGAUUGCUGUUAAUAAAACGAAAUAAAUUAUAAACAAUUAAGCAGCAUCAUUUAAUUUUUUUUACUACUCAAUUGUGCGGAACAGGUAGGCCUAUUUCAAAGAUAGGCUACAUGCAUACAUUUCGUUUCAUUAAAUGUAACAAUAUUCCUUGAAACGUAUUGUAAUUUAUACAAAUUUCCAAAAAAGUGAAUCAAUCAGGCAUUCAAAAUGGGUUUCUUACUAUUUACAAAUGUGUUCAUUGACAUGAAAUAAAAUGUAGUGUAUAUUGUGAUGUGAUUCGUACAAGACAGAGUAUUCCUAAAAAUACAUUAAUAAUAGACCCAUUAAAUAUAAGCUACGUUUAUCAUAUACACAGAGGAGCCAACUAGAAGCAAAAAGCUCUAAACUAACCAUUUAAACCAGCUGUUUAAAAAUGAUCACAUUAGCCUACAUCAAGACAGUCUACAGUCUAUUGCUGAGAGCUCAUGUAAAAUGCACACAAAAAUACAACUUUUCUAGAUCCCUCAAGCUCAAAAGCAAAUGCAGUCACAAAUGUUAAUGUGGGAUUAAAUGGGUUCAAAACAUUUUGCAAGGGUUGAAUUGUAAAAACUGACAUCAUUUGAAAUACAAACCAUUCAGUAUUUAGCAGUAAUAAAUGGCAGUUUGGCCGGAAUGAAGCAGUGGUGUGUUAAAACAGUGUUUUUCAUUCUUCAUAGCAAUGUUUUCAGGCUUUGAGCCUUUACAUUGUUUAUUGGAAUGUUUCAUUCUCGAAUGUGUGCUAUUAAAUCUUGUUUUACCUCAUACCUGUAUAAUGUGCAAAUUGUACAAGGAGGAAGUUGUUUAUAUUAAACAAAUGUUAAAAUGUACAGUAUUUAUUUGAUGCAUUGUACAGGAUAUACAAAAAAGUGUGGCAAUGUGAUAAUGUUAAAUAUUACUUGCUAUUUGCACCUUAUUUGUGUCAAAUGUGAGCUGCCCAUGGGGUAAUGAGCUUCUUGCAUUUUCCAUUCAUUUUGAAUUUCUACCAGUUAUAAAUGUUAGAUUGAUCUUUCUGUAAAUGAGAUGCACAGACAUAUUUUUGGGCAGGUUUUGUUAUGAAUUUAUUGUCCCAACUUCACAUUUUUACAGAAAUAAUUUAUGUAUCAGUGCCUCAUGUGAAGUAUUGUACAAGAUUCAUCAUUUUGACGUCAAGUUGGCUAGCGUGCAAUAAAAUGUGAUAUUGUGAAAAGG